GUCAGUCCAUUGUGGGCUGUAAGGCCAUCCUCAUCGACGACCAGGUUUUCGUGGUGGUGGCCCAGCUCUUCGGCGGCUCUCACAUCUACAAAUACGAUGAGAGCUGGACCAAGUUUGUCAAAUUCCAGGACAUCGAAGUCUCUCGCAUCUCAAAGCCCAACGAUAUCGAGCUGUUUCAGAUUGAGGACGAGACGUUCUUCAUCAUCGCAGACAGCUCUAAAGCUGGUCUGUCCACAGUGUAUAAAUGGAACAGCAAAGGGUUCUACUCCUACCAAUCUCUGCACGAGUGGUUCAGGGACACGGAUGCAGAAUUUGUUGACAUAGACGGGAAGUCGCAUCUGAUUCUGUCCAGCCGCUCCCAGGUCCCCAUCAUCCUCCAGUGGAAUAAAAGCUCUAAGAAGUUUGUCCCCCACAGUGAUAUCCCCAACAUGGAGGAUGUACUGGCCGUGAAGAGCUUUAGGAUGCAGAAUGCCCUCUACCUUUCCCUCACCCGCUUCAUCGGGGACUCCAGGGUCAUGAGGUGGAAUAGUAAGCAGUUUGUGGAGAUCCAGGCUCUUCCAUCCCGGGGGGCCAUGACCCUGCAGCCCUUUUCUUUUAAAGAUAAUCACUACCUGGCCCUGGGGAGUGACUAUACAUUCUCCCAGAUCUACCAGUGGGAUAAAGAAAAGCAGCUAUUCAAAAAAUUCAAGGAGAUUUAUGUGCAGGCACCUCGUUCCUUCACAGCUGUCUCCACUGACAGGAGAGAUUUCUUUUUUGCAUCCAGUUUCAAAGGGAAAACAAAGAUUUUUGAACAUAUAGUCGUUGACUUAAGUUUGUGAAGGGGUGACUGGUGAAUUUAGAGACACGUAGCACUAGCUUUCACAAGAGAGGCCUGAGAAGCAAACAGAAGGCCAAGUUCAGAGCUCCGCAAUUAAAAACGCACUGGGGAAAUAGAAGUUUUCAACAUUUUAGAACUCGCAUUUCAAUCAGGGAUUGCAUUUAUUGGCUAACUGCAUGACAUGUCCAUUCUCCCAUUUCAAAAGACAUCUUAAAGCCUGUUAUCUCUGAGAAAAGAGUAGAGUAUUAACUCUUACCAUCUAGGAAAGUAAUGUGCUUUUUUCUUUUUCUUUUCUUUUCUUUUUUUUAAUGAGGAAGGAGGAAAUCGGAUAAGAUGGGACAGUUCUUAUGAUGAAAUUAAAAAAAAAAAAAAAAAAGACCAAACUAUGGGCCCUUCUCAUUCCAUUUUAGCAAUCUUAUGGGGUAAGAAUGCUUAAAGCCAAAGUCAGCUGAAAAAAUUUGCUGAUGAUUCAUUUAAAAAUCUGAUAACACUCAGCAAUGCUAUUUUGAGUCAUUUCAGUUUCCUGAAUGCCCCUUCAUAGCAGAACGUUGGCUGUUUCAUUGGCUCGGGCGGAUGCUCGUGAUGGGGGGUGUUCACAAAAUAACGUUGGUCAUUGCUUCCUUCGCCACAAAGAAAAUACUCUGCUGACACACUUCCAGGCCCAGCACGGGCCAUAGGCCCAUGAGUGAGACAAAGGCGGUUUCCCCUCUUCCUUGUGGUUCAGAGCCGACCUCGUGGCGCCCGGAGCAAUAUUGCUUUUAGAUGCCCUCCAUGACUCGGCUGCUUCCCUGAACCCAUUCUUUGAGUUUGUGGGUAACCAGCAGACAGGCCAAAGACUGAACGGUGCUUUUCAUCCCAUCCUUUAAAGCAAUAGAACAGGGCUUUCCAGCUGAUGAGCGUUCGGUAGAAUUGCUGAAGCAAGAUUUUGUGGGAUCAAAGAGGACUUUACACAAGUCUCGCUAUACUUUGAAACCUAGAGGUGGCCCUUUGAUUUGUGCAUGUCUGUGCCCUCUGGGCAACUUCCUGUUUCGAGUCAUUGAGUACCAGCCUACCUUCCUGCCUCCCUGCCUUCCUCCCUACUCCUUCAUCCGUCCUGCUUUGUUGAUGGGCUGUUGCCCCCGCUGCCAAUGCGGACAGGCUGGGGCACCACACUGCAGAACCCAGGGUGCUCCUGACGCUGGUGCCCCUUCCUUUCCCGGUAGUUUAGCUGAGGAGAGCCCCCUGGGGCUCACACCCUGACGUGGGACCACGUACUGGCGGGGGAC